CAGUCGAUUGUGUGCAGUUCGUGUGUUUGCCGUGGUGUUUUCAUCUGUCGGUCAGAUUUCGGAGCUUCGAGCAAAUUGUUUUCGGUUUCAAUUAGGGAGCGAGCGCAAGGGAAAAACUCGGCUUUGUUGUUUGGAUUUCGUUUUGCGAUGCGAUGUGCUGGCUGUAAUCGGCUCAGAAGACAUCCGCGAUGACGAUGACACAGCGUGCCGUGAACUGAUAAAACCGCUGGCGUUUUGCGUAGACUCGAUAAGAGAACGGGUGUGCGGCGGCCGGGCAACAGCCACUCACCGCAGGGAAAAGGCAGUUCUCGCGAAGUCGUCCUUGAUCGAAUUUCUAGUGUUUUGCAUUCGCGACUCGUAGGCGACGUCUUGCCAACACCUCAGACUCCCAUCGGGUUCGGGCUUCAGGACGCGUGCACUGGUGGAAGGAAGUGCCUUGUUGAUGCGUUUCUUGCGCUAAGUUUCAUGUGAACUAGAGGAACCGAGAUUUUAUCUGAACUAAUUGAUAAAAUGGCAGAGGAGAAUGUUUCGGUGCUGUUGCCCCCGGCCGUGAACACUAGUUUUGCGACGAGCGGGGGGAACUUCCCAUCCAACAGCGAUGAGUCGGACGGGGAGUUCGUGGACGAUGAUGCGCCGGAAUUAAGAGGAUAUUUGAGCAAGUGGACGAAUUAUAUCCACGGCUGGCAGCCGCGCUAUAUCGUCCUGAAGGAUGGGACAUUGUCGUACUACAAGAGUGAGAGUGAAAGUGACUUGGGGUGCCGCGGAGCGAUCAGUCUUCAGAAGGCCACCAUAAAGAGUCAUGAAUUCGAUGAAUGCCGUUUCGAUGUGGCUGUGAACAAUUGCGUAUGGUAUUUGAGAGCUGAAAGCCCCGAGGACAAACAGAAUUGGAUUGAAGUGUUACAGUCGUAUAAGGCGGAUGGUACGAACACGGAGACUGCAUCACUUAAACGUCACGGAAGCUCGGUUUCAUUGCAAUCGAAUAAUUUAUCCACAGCAAGCGGAAGCAGUUUGAAACGAGCCAACCGUAGCUUAAGAGAAAAAGUAAAUGAAAUAGAAACAUUCAAAGAUAUUUUAUAUGGACAAAUAGAAACUUUGCAAAGAUAUUUCGAUGCAUGUGCCGAGCUCCAUAAGGACGAAGGUAAACCCUUCGAUCUAGGCGACGGGUUGAAGCCUAUAGACUUCAAAGGCGAAUCAAUAACAUUCCGUGCGACAACUGCUGGUGUCCUUACUACGUUGCAACAUUGUUUGGAUAUUAUAACGCAACGGGACGACUGUUGGCGGAAGAAACUCGAUAAGGAAAUCGAGAAGAGGAAAAAGGCUGACGAACUGAACAGAAAAUAUAAAGAAGAGCUGGAGAAAUUACAGAACUCAUCGUUCCCCGGACCAGAUUUUGAGGAGGGACCACAUUCAACUCUUCCUGAAGAUGAAUUCUUUGACGCUUUCGAAACGGGAAUGGAUAAGGUUGAGGAGGACACACAGAUUCGAUUCCGUCUGAAACUUCAAUCGCAGCAGUCGCAGAUCAGUACGACAAGUAGUGUUCCAAAUUCAACGGAAAAUGCUGCAACCGAGGAUGAGUUUGGAACAGGGGGUGCAGCAAGGGUUCAUCGACUGUGGCCUGAGAUCGAUAGAAUUUGCACGGAACAACUAAAGUACGCACGGGCAGGUGUCGGCGAAGGUGGCAAUGGUUGGCAAAUUUUUGUUGAUGAGGGUGAAAUGAAAAUGUACAAACGUGAGGAGGAGGUGAACGGAUUAGUGGUGGAUCCACUGAAAGCAUGUCAUAUGGUGAAGGGAGUGACUGCGCGCGAAAUGUGCCAUUAUUUCUUCAUGCCUGAAUAUAGGAACGAUUGGGAGACGACGCUAGAGGAUGUACAAAUUUUAGAAAGAAUAUCACCGGAUACCUUAGUAUUUUUACAAACGCAUAAACGAAUUUGGCCCGCUAGUCAACGUGAUGCUAUGUUUUGGUCACAUAUGGGAAAAGUUAAUGAUAACGUGGACGCAGAUGCACAUGAUGUGUGGAUAGUUUGUAACCAUUCCGCCGAUGAGAAAGAUUAUCCAGAGAGCAAAAACAGUAAAUGUGUGAGAGUCAUCCUGACCGUCAUUUUAGUAUGUCAAACUUAUAUUGAAAAUAAUAAAACCACAAAUAUCACCAGAGACGACCUCUCGUGUAAAAUCACAUACUGCUCCGUUGUUAAUCCUGGCGGUUGGGCACCAGCAUCUGCUCUCCGAGCGAUAUAUAAACGCGAGUAUCCAAAGUUCCUAAAACGUUUUACAAAAUAUGUGAUAGAUCAGUGUAAAGAUAAGCCGAUUAUGUUUUGAUAUUAUUGUUAAUGAAAAGGAUUACAAGAAGCCACAGGAUGUAUGAUGUGUGUAGAUUAUAAUUGAUUUUUCCGUAAAAACAAAAGCAACCCUUUCUCUUGUCCUUAGAGUUGUACAAUACUAUUAAUUACUAAAAUAAGGCUAAUAUGUAUAAACAAUAAAAAAAAUCAAACCUCCAUUUAAGGACUACAUAUUUUUAAUGCCAAUGAUAAAUCCACAUGAGAAAUACUGAUAAGGAUUAAGCUUAAGUGAUCGGUGUAAAAUACAAAGCGAUUUUAUAAGAA